AUGGUCACCCGGUGGCCGUCUAUCAAGACCUCUUGCCCACUACUUUACUGGCUAGAUGUGCACUAAGGCCCAUCACCCAGGCCCUGCUGGAGAGACAUAUGAAAUUUCAGUUAAUUGUAUAUAUGUCCCCUCUCACCCUGGCCGUAGAACCCUUCCUGACGGCUAUUCUGAACAAUAAUAACAUACGGGGAUACCAGUACUCUGUGGGAGAAGUGAAAGUCUCUGCAUUUGCGGAUGACGUCCUCUUUACCAUCAGAGACCCACUUAGAACACUCCCACAGGUACAGACAAUUAACGCAGACAAAUGCGAAAUCCUAGGGAUUUCAGUACCUCCGAACCUGCAAUCACAUAUCCAAUAA